GAACACCUCUGAUCAUUUCAGCAAGAAUACAUCUGUUUAAUCUACAAGAUAUAGAUGAAAAGAAUCAAUUACUGAAAACAGUAGGAUGGGUCAAUAUGAUAUGGAGGGAUGACAGACUCCAAUGGAAUCCUGAGGAUUAUGGAGGCGUGAGAGAAAUCCAUGUCCCUAAUCAUUAUGUCUGGAUACCUGACCUUUAUAUUGCAAAUAGCCAAACAUUCAACACAUUCCAGUAUAGUACAGACAACAGGGCCGUGAUCUACCCCAGUGGAGAAGUUCUUUUCUGUCCUGGAAAACACUUUGUCACAACCUGCACCAUUGAUGUCACAUAUUUCCCAUUUGAUGUACAAACCUGUCGCAUGAUUAUGAUGUCUUAUACAUACAAUGAAAGUUAUGUGAAACUGACAACUGAUCCAUGGCCUAAAACAGUCCAACUGGGAGAUAUCUUAGAUCAUCAUGGAGAAUGGAUCAUUGAAGACUCGUGGGUUACAGUUACUCCAACGGACUACACAUAUUCAAGUAACACCCAUCAAC